AAUCUAAUAAUUACAGUGACAAUACUACAGUACAAGCAGCGGCAACCCAAUAGACAUUUAAAUAGAUCCCAUUGUUUUAUUCAUUGCUGGCACUGUAUUUUGACGGGGAGAGCGACAUGAGGGUGGACUUCAGACUCUCGAGAAGAUCUUUCCACGGUUUGAUGGCCAUCCUCGGCACAGCGUGUGACCAUGGCUGGGGACCUGCCAUUGAGGCCCUGGUCUUCCUGUUUUGGCUCGCCAGUGCUAGCUCCUACCGUGUGGUAGCCAGGGCCUUUGCCAUGCCCCGGGCCACGGUGCAUCGUGUUGUCCAUAAGACAAGCCGAAAAAUCCUCUCUGUCCUCCCCAAGGUCGUUCGACUUCCAACAGAAGACGACUUGCCUGAAAUAGGAGCAGGCUUUGCUAGGUUGGCCGGGUCAGCGGCCUUCCACAGGGUUGUGGGCAGCAUCGACGGCUGCCACGUCCGUGUGACCCCCCCAGCAGAGGACGCAGCCUGUUACCUGAACAGAAAGAUUUUUUAUUCAGUUCAACUUCAGGCUGUGUGUGACCACACAGCAAAGUUCAUUGAUGUGUUUGUUGGCUUCCCCGGGUCGGCUCAUGACGCGAGGGUUUUAAAGCACAGCCCCCUGUACUACCAGCACCGGUACCCUCCUCCUGGUUUCUGCCUCAUCGGGGACGGUGGCUACCCCUGCCUCAGGCAACCAUCGCCCUCAUGA